CCUCCUGACCCCCAUUUCUUCCCCCCCCCAGCUCUCCGCAGCCUGAGCGCCCUGACCACGCCCCCCCAGUGGCGGGGCCUGGCGGCCGAGGCCAAGAAGAGCUUCGUGAGGGACCGGCCCCACGUGAACGUGGGCACCAUCGGGCACGUGGACCACGGCAAGACCACGCUGACGGCCGCCAUCACCAAGAUCCUGGCGGCGUCGGGCAGCGCCCGGUUCCGUCCCUACGAGGAGAUCGACAGCGCCCCCGAGGAGCGGGCCCGCGGCAUCACCAUCAACGCGGCCCACGUGGAGUACGCCACGGCCCGGCGGCACUACGCGCACACCGACUGCCCCGGCCACGCCGACUACGUCAAGAACAUGAUCACGGGGACCGCCCCCCUCGACGGCUGCAUCCUGGUGGUGGCGGCCACCGAUGGGCAAAUGCCCCAGACCCGGGAGCACCUCCUGCUGGCCAAGCAGGUGGGGGUCCGCCACGUCGUGGUCUACGUGAACAAGGCCGACGCCGUCUCGGACCCCGAGCUCCUGGCGCUGGUGGAGCUGGAGCUGCGCGAGCUCCUCACCGAGUUCGGGUUCGACGGCGACCGGACCCCCAUCGUCAUAGGGUCAGCCCUAUGUGCGCUGCAGGACCGGGACCCGGAGCUGGGCCUGCAGUCGGUGCUGAAGCUCUUGGACGCCAUCGACACCCACAUCCCGCUGCCCCCCCGCGACCUGGAGCGCCCCUUCCUGCUGCCCGUGGAGGCCGUGCACUCCAUCCCCGGCCGGGGCACGGUUGUCACGGGCACGCUGGAGCGCGGCACCAUCCGCAAGGGGGACGAGUGCGAGAUCCUGGGCUACAACCGGCACCUGCGCUCCGUGGUCACCGGCAUUGAGAUGUUCCACAAGAGCCUGGCGCACGCCGAGGCCGGGGACAACCUGGGGGCGCUGCUGCGGGGGCUGCGGCGGGAGGAGCUGCGCAGGGGAAUGGUUGUGGGGCAGCCGGGGAGCCUGAGCACGCACCAGAGGGUGGAGGCCCAGGUUUACGUCCUGAGCCCGCAGGAGGGGGGGCGCCACAAGCCCUUCGCGGCCCAUUACACCCCAGUGAUGUUCUCGCAGACGUGGGACAUCGCCUGCCGCGUCAUCCUGCCCCCCAACAAGGAGCUGGUUCUGCCCGGGGGAGGACACGCGCUGACGCUGCUGCUGCGCCAGCCAAUGGUGCUCGAGGUGGGGCAGAGAUUCACCCUCCGCGACGGCGCCCGCACCAUCGGCAGCGUCGUCACCCGCGCCCUGCCCCCCAACCCCGAGGACCAGGAGCUCACCUGGGGGUAG